AUGUCGACCAAGAAGAAAGUCGCUCUGUCCUGCGCCCUGGGUAUUGGUUCAGUACACAUUGAGCCAAAUGGCUACGUGCUGCCAGCGUUCUCUGAAAACAGCAUUCUAAUCGCGGAAUUUGGCAGUGUCGAGGGCAGCACCAUCAUCAUUGCGAGCUCCAUACCUGUUAUGCAACCACUCCUCGAGCUCAUCCUGCGACGCAACCCCUUCAGUUCCGGGAAGGGAUCCAAGCAGACACCGCAGUAUUACGAGCACUACGGCUCCCAGAGCAAAUCAAAAUCGCGCGGCGGCGGCAUCGAGCUCGGCCAACGCAAGCCCAAGUCCAAGCCCAAGGACGACCUCGGCCUUACCAUAAUCGAGAGCGACGACAGUCAAGAGAACAUACUAUCCCCAACAACCGGUUCAAACAACCAAACCUCCACAUCAUCGGGUGCCCCGACCCUCACAAACAACAGCGACUCUAGCCGGCAUGCUGCGGAUGGGAAAAUCGUCCGGACCGAUUGCGUGAGCAUUUCCUACGAGGAAAGAGGACGCACUCAGGAGACAUCUGCUUCGAGCAGGUGGAGGGGCCAUUUAAGCCGAAGUUCAUUUCGCGUUUAA